AUGUCGUCCGAAGAUCAGGAAAAGACACGCAAAAUUGAGGAGCUAUUAAAGCUUUUGAAAGUCCACGAUGGGGACAUGUCGAAAUUUACUGCGCAGCAGCGUAAGGAUAUGAAGGAGUAUAAGUUCUGGAAAACACAACCUGUGACGAAAUUUGACGAAGUUAUCAAACAGGAGGGUCCUAUUGACAGCAGCAAGCGGGUGGAAGAUAUUCCUGACGCUCCUUUGAAGUUGUUACCUGAGUUUGAGUGGUGUACAGUGGAUGUGAACGAUAACAAGCAGUUAGAAGAUGUGUACGUAUUGUUGAACGAAAACUAUGUGGAAGACAAGGACUCUACGUUCCGUUUCAACUAUUCCCAGGACUUUUUGAAUUGGGCUUUGAAGCCACCUGGAUGGAAGUCUGAGUGGCAAGUUGGUGUGAGAGUGAAGGAGACGAAGCGUUUAAUCGGGUUCAUCAGUGCUAUCCCAACCAACUUGCAAGUGAGGGAGAAAGAGGUGCGCAGUGUGGAAAUUAACUUCUUGUGCGUGCACAAGAAGCUUAGAUCCAAGAGAUUGGCCCCAAUAUUGAUCAAAGAAGUGACAAGACGUGUCAACAAGCACGAUAUUUGGCAAGCGUUGCAUACUGGUGGUGUGGUUUUGCCCUCCCCUGUAAGUGUGUGUCGUUACGCACACAGGCCGUUGAAUUGGUCGAAACUUUACGACGUCGAAUUCACGGCUUUGCCAGCAAACGCCACCAAGACGCAAAUGAUUGCGAAGUACACAUUGCCAAAGACCCCUCUCACCAAUAUCAAGGUAAUGGAAGAAAAGCACGUGGAGCAGGCAUUUGCCCUCUUCAACAAGUAUCAGGAAAGGUUUGAAUUGAGACCCGACUUCUCCUUGGAAGAAUUUAAGCACUGGGUCUUGACCAGAGAAGAUGUUGUCUACUCUUACGUGAUUGAAAACGAAGAAGGUAAGGUCACUGACUUCGUGUCAUUCUAUUCGCUACCUUUCACGAUCAUCAACAAUCCACUAUACAAGGAUUUGGGAAUUGGUUACAUGUUCUACUACGCAUCAGAUGCCGACUUUGGUCUCGAUAGGUUCAGCAAGGAAGGUACUGAAAAAUUGAGAAAGAGAUUGAAUGCAUUGAUUAACGACGCAUGUAUCCUUGCACGCAACUUGAAAAUGGACGUCUUCAAUGCCCUAAGUUCUCAAGACAACGCUCUCUUCUUGGACGACUUGAAGUUCGGCCCUGGUGACGGGUUCUUGAACUUUUACCUAUUCAAUUACAGAUGUUUCCCAAUCACUGGUGGUAUCAGAGAGGACCAAACCUUUGAUAUGGAGAAGCGUAGUAACGUCGGUGUCGUUAUGCUGUAA